AUGACCCAGACCAGAGAACUAUCCCCUCUGGUUCUUCCACACCAUUACUUGGACUCCAAGCUUGGCACCAAUAACAACAUAUAUACUGUGACCUUUUCGGUCAAUUUAGGUUUCAUGGCUGGAUUGGCAGAUACUUAUCUCGGGAGGUCUAUCCUGCGUGUCGUGAGCGUUGUAGUGGCCACUGGGGGCUUUGUUACGAGCCUGGCUGUCAUUAUUCUCGCUCCGUUUUUCCCUUCACUCGUGUCGGCUGCACCGCCUCAAAUCCCAUACCCUCCAAUUGCUGCUACCUCCUCUCCUCCCAGACGGCGCCGAACGUACGCACCCCCAGUCAGCAUAACAGUUUCAGUCCGGCGAGAUCCGAGUAUUGUUCCAAUUAUCGAACGCUCCGAGCGAGACAGCGCCUCGCCUGGCCCCGCUCCACCUGGGAGGAGAGUCUCAUUUUCUCCACAAUCUUCGAGUACUUCGGUCCCAACGAUCCCCAAUGGUUAUCUCGUAGAUCCGCCCAGCCGUCCCGGGAGUUCCAACGGUCACCCCGCCCCCGCCAUGCGUCGAGUGCUGGAACAGGAGACUGAGCUGAGCGCAUAUGUUUUACCCACACCUCCGGCGAGCAUAGCGAGCAUUAGUUCCGAGGGGGACGAACGUGGUAUGGAGGAUUUUGGCAUAGUCAACCCCACUGUGGGAAAACAGCAGCGGCGGUCACUUCUUUUUUCAUCAAGAAGGGGCGGGAGCGUCCGAAACAAGGAGAAGCCUACCGCCGAGAAUGGGGAAUUAUUUGGCUUUCGUCGGAGGGCUCAGAGUGUAGGAAUCGCGGUUGCCGAGGAGGCCUCUAAGCGUAGCAGCUGGAUAUCACACUCUUCCCACGAAAGCUCGGCUUACGACGACACUGUCCGUGAAUCCGAGACCGAGACGGACCGAGUGAGCCAUCCGGGCACUGCGGACAAGGCGGAGAAAGAGAGUAGGAGACGUUCCGGGCUGUCUUUUCAAGACUUCAAGACUGCUUUCGCAAAGCGGGAACGACGCGCCUCGGUGCUCAUUUCCACGUCUGGCUCGUACACACUCUCACCGUCGGAAGCCAGUUCCUCGCCAAGAACGUCUCUCGGCCUGGGCAAACCUAGUUCGGUGUCACCUUACCCAUCCCCACGGUCCGCGUCCGACGAACUCGCCCGAAAAAAGCGCGCAAGUUCGCCCCCACUACGGCUAGACACCGCCAACACUCCCCACGAGACCGAGCGGCGCGAAGUUCAAUCACCCAUAACCGACGGCGAGGGCCACACCCGGCCGUUAUUCAGCGGGGAGGUGGUUAUUCGGAACGAAAGUGGCCGAAGACGGACACGAUCCAGUGCGAUUCCGGGGUUGUAUGCUGAUGCUGAAGUCGUACGACGCUGGUGA